CCAGAGCACUCCAACUGCCCCAAUCUAAUUUGGAAGCAUUCAUAAUGAGACGAAAAGUAAAGCAGAUGAUGCGGCUUCUGCAUAAAACACCGCAUGAUGCUCGACAGCCUUCGUGCCCGGAAUUUCGAGCUUCGGCAGUCGUGAGUCCACUAAACAACCUGAUGGAACCCAGGGAAGAAUUGGAAUAUAGCCAACCCGGCUCUAUCCACCCGGCGCAUGUAUCGUAUCCGGCCGGCAAUCUUGCAGACCCAAGCUUGACUCCUGCUCCGCUGUCCAUCUCGAAGUCGCGAUAUGGGAUUUAUCUAUCCUCUCGGCUCAUGGAGAGGUACUAGUAUGCCAAGCACUUGGUGGAAAAGGUUAUAGAGUUAUUUGGUCUCGAUGUUGUUUACGUCGCUAGAAUUGAUUCGAAUUUAAUUGAGUCAGACAGGUCUGAUGCUGUUGCCACGGUACUAGUGGCCUACGUUGCGCGAGGAGCGGAAAUGCCACGGUGGAUACCACCGGCGAUGUAGCAGAGGCCAAAUCAGGGGGCCAAAU